AUGAAGAGACUCUUAUCCAGUUCUUCAAAUCUGUUUCGCAGAGAAUCAGGUGGCUCAACCCCACCAACUCCAAAGCAACGUUCCACAUCAUCUUUUGCUAAAAGAUUGGUAAGUGGUGAUUCUACACCCAAUAUUCCUGAUAUGAUUCCUAAUGAGGACUCUGGUUUAUCUCCUGAGCUUGUACCGAUCGUAACCCUGAUUUCAGCUCAUACCCAUAGAAGAUACCAUAAAGGUACUUUGUUAGUUUUAAAGGAUUUAAAAAGUGAUGGUACACCAACUGGUAACUCUUGGGAAGAAGUUUAUGCUGUUUUGGUUGGUACACAAUUGGCAUUAUGGGACGCACGUGAACUUGCUGAUUGCAAGGAUGAUCCAAGAGAAAUUACUAGUAGGUUAAAAAAAUUGGCUUCAAAACCAGCUUAUUUAAAUUUAACAGAUGCAUCCAUUAGAGCCAUUGGUCCGAAUGAUAAUUUUACUACAGAAGGCAGCCAAGCAUUUGAGAAUGCUCUGGUUAUAUCAACUACUUUAAAAAAUAGAUAUUUUUUGAAAUUUAAUGAUUUAGAAUCAUAUAAUGCAUGGUAUGCAGCCAUUAGAUUAAGUCAAUAUGAAUCGGUUGCAUUACAAUUAGCCUAUACAGGCGCAUUCUUAUCCAGUAGAGGUAGAAAAUUAGGUGAUAUUCAGGUCAUUUUAGCUGACAAUAAAUUUAGUCAUAGUGAAUGGGUCAGUGUGAGAUUUGGUACCGGUAUGCCUUGGAAACGCUGUUAUGCGGUUAUCGCUCAGACUGGUGACAAGAAAAAGAAGAAAGAUAGUAUUGGCACUAUCACAUUCUAUGAAAAUGAAAAGAAGGUGAAGAAGACAGGUAUUAUGGCCACGGUUAAUUAUGCAUCCGAGAUAUACGCCGUUUAUCCCUCUUCACCUAAAUUAAUUGACACUUCAACAAUCAUUAAAUUACAAGGUGCAAUUACAUUAUCUGAUGAAGAUAAUGAAGAACAAACAAAUAUCUUUAUUAUGCCUGAAAAGCAUCAAGGUGUUCCCGGUUAUGAUACUAUUAUCAGAUUUCUAAUUCCAACUAUGAACGCAUUUAGAUUAUAUGGGAGACCGAAGAGACUAAUUGCCGGAAGAGACGACACGGAAUCCUUGGUUUUUGCACUUCCUACUUUACCAAACGUUCAUUAUCUUAACUGUAAUGAUGUUGUAUCUAUUAUUAAUUCAGUAGAUCAAUCAUCGAUAUCUGCAUGGACGGAGCAAGAUUGGCGUCAUGAAAUCAAUGAUGUUUUACUUGGCAAAAUAAGAGAAGGUUACACAGGUAUUAGUUCAGAUCGCAAGGAUAACUCUAUAUUGACCUCCCCAGUCAUUUCUCCAGAGGAAUUGUUUAGAGGAACGAACACAUUAGGUGACUCUCCGUUUGCUAGAAUUAUUUCUGAAGAUACAAGCAAAUCAACCUCUCUUGGCUUUCCAGAGAACUUCAGACAGGAAGACAUUUUGGGAGAAAAUAUGGCUUCUUCACCAGAGGAUAGUUCAAUUAGUCAAAAUGGUUUAAGUCAAAAUAUAUCUGGAGUUCAACUUAAGAUAUCAAAGUCACAAGAAUUGAGAGAAGUUACCCCAGCUGAUAGAUUGAUCAUUGGGGAUGGACCUAAUAUGGCUAGAAAAUCAGAAGCAGGUUUGGGUGCCAUUUAUGAUAAAUAUGCUGUGCUACCCUCAAGCGGAACAAGCAAAGAAGUAUCUCCAUCUAAUAAAAUAUUAGAAACACCCGGUAUACAUAAGACUGAAAGUCCAUACGAAAAAUAUCUGGGCUCUACGUCAGAAAGUAAAAUGUUCGAAAUUUCAAAUAUUAGAGACUCAAGUAGCAGUAUGAACAGUAAUGUGGAAGAUGGAAGCUAUGAAUCAGCAAACAAGUUUCAAGAUAGCUUCAACAAUGUUGAAGCUAAAGAUGAUAUUGACGGGCUAGCUGCAAAAAUUGGAUCUAUCGAAGUUUCUAGUCAUCAAUCUGAACAUACUGAAAUCAGACAGGAUGAUGACGAUUUAGCCGACGUUACAGCAGAUCUAAACUUUGAAACUAGUCAAGAUAUUUCAACCUCAGAAUACAACAAUGGUUUCAAUGAGGGAAAAGAUAAUACCAAGGACAUAGAUGUUUUUGAUCCAGAUUAUAUUGAACAAACCGAGAUAUUUAGCUCGGCAAACCCAUACAGUACGUCUACUGAUCAUUCUUUUGGAUCUUCUUCUUCCAUAAACAAAACAGCAACUUCAGGUGCAAAUCAUGUUUUGCCCAACAAUUUAAAUACUACAAAUCCUUCUUUUCCCCAUUCCUCUGGGACAACAGAUUUGAACGAGUAUGCUAAUAUGCAACAAUCACAACAUCACCAACAGAUGAAUAGAGCAGCUACUGGUCAACAAUAUAUGAAUCAAAAUAACCAACCAAGGAAUAUAUACAGGCCAAACAACAAUACCAAUAAUGUAUAUCCACAAAAUGGCGCUAACCAACCAAAUGUGGGUAAUCAAUUCGGUCAUCAGAAUAUAAGGGCAGGACCUUUGCAAACUCAACAAAACAUAAAUGGUAUGCAAUCUGGAUCCCCUGUUACUCCAAAUUUUGGUAAUCCAUAUCAAAAACACCCAGCACAAAGAAUUCAGUAUCCUCAGCAAUCGAUGAACCGUCAAAUUCAACACCCUCCUCAAAAUCAAAUGCGCAUGAAUAAUAGUAUGCCUCGACAGAUGAUGAAUGGACCGCAACAAAGAAUGAACAUGCCUAACCCAUUGUACAAGAAUCCUCAAUUUUCGAAUUCAGGCAAUUCUAUUCAUAGUAAUGGUAGCAACAAAGGGCCUAGUACAAGAACAGGAGGCGGGUUUUCUCAAUUCAUGCCUUCUACGACGUCAAAGAAUCCAUAUGCUAAUUAG